GAGCCGCGUCUCAUCCUCCUCGCGCCCGAAGAACAGGAAAAAGAGCGAGAAAGUGACGAGCGAAUCCCCUCUCCACCCUCACUUCUCCCUCGUUUGAUCGAUUCGUAUUAGCUAUGAAGCGGGUUCCCGAUCCCUUCGACGACGAGGAGGACGUGAAUCCCUUCGCGACUGCUGCGGGGACUGAUUCAAAACCGCGCCUUCCGACACUGCCAUCCCAGCCUCUGGGUUUUGGUAACAAACAUGAUGCAACUGUCAAUGUGCCACUGGAUGCAAGAAAUGAUAUAAAGAAAACGGAAAGGGAGCUAGCAGCUUGGGAAGAGGAGUUGAAGAAGAGGGAAAAGGACAUACAACGAAGAGAAGAUGUGAUGACUAGAGCUGGCGUCAUGAUUGAAGAAAAAAACUGGCCCCCAUUUUUUCCUAUCAUUCAUCAUGACAUAGUUAAGGAAAUACCAAUCCAUGCACAAAGAUUGCAAUAUCUGGCAUUUGCAAGUUGGCUUGGAAUAGUUUUAUGUCUUUUAUGGAAUGUUAUUGCUGUAUUUGUUUGUUGGAUUAAAGGGGGAGGUGUUAAGAUUUUUUUCCUUGCAACCAUCUAUGCUAUGCUUGGUUGUCCCCUGUCAUAUGUGCUUUGGUACAAGCCUUUGUAUAAUGCGAUGAGAACUGACAGUGCAGUGAAGUUUGGUUGGUUUUUCCUUUGUUACCUGAUACACACUGGUUUUUGUACCCUAGCUGCUAUUGCUCCUCCGAUUGUAUUCCAGGGAAAGUCAUUGACGGGUAUCCUUGCAGCAAUUGAUACCUUCUCAGAUCAUGUACUGGUGGGGAUUUUCUACCUUAUUGGGUCUGGAUUCUUUUGCUUAGAAACACUUAUUAGCCUGUGGGUCCUUCAGAAAGUUUACAUGUACUUCAGAGGGCACAAGUGAAGAUAUGAUGGAAAAAGAACUUCAGAAACUUCUAGAAUAAACUUUAGACCAUGCAAGUUUCGAUUCCUGCGCCUUUCUCUUCUUCGACCCAUGUACUUCUUGUUUCCAUUUCUCCGUUUCUUGCUGCAGCCUGUUCCCGAUCUGCAUGUGUUGAUGGGUGACGCAUAUUCUCCAACAUGUGAGAGGAUGACUGGCUCUUGAUGCUCUUUUCCAGCUGCGCAUACGAAGUUACACCUUGUAAUUUUUUGGGUCAUACAAUUUCAUCUCAUUCUAUUGCUACUGGCUUUGCAGCAACUACUUUAAACUAAAAUUGUUGCACGGCGAAUGCCCUUGUUUAUUACAUUGCAGUUGUUCCAGAAAGCAUUUUUGCUGAUGCAUCAUUUUCAGCUGUUAGGAUUUUGUUCUGGUUUACGGUAUAGAAUAAUAAUAAUGCUGUG